AUGCAGCACAAUUCGGGUACUUCGGUACUGGCAGAAUUCUUUGGCUCAAUAUUCGCCAUCCUCACCGGCCAACGUGGCGAGACAGAGUGGUGCAAUCUACGCUCCCUACUUCGCCAAGGGGAAAGCGAAAAUGAAGUGAUAAAAAGAGCUUGGCCUUGGCCAAGGUUGGAGAAGAAAGUGACUUUCGGGCUCCUUUCGCAGAUGCUUCAGGGUUCGGAACCAGUAGUGCUCGGUAGUGCCCGUACCCCCUAUAGCCCGAACCUUGCCUCAUCCGAGGGAGUGCGGGCCACUAUCUUCAACCUGGACCCUACAGAAAGUGCCGUGCCACCUUUGCGGUGUAAGGCCCUAGGUUGUCAUGCAGCAGUACGACACCGGCCAGCUUCUUAA